AUGACCUUUGACGCCUUGUCCCCUGAGGAGGUCCUCUUGGCGGUUUCUAAUGCUGGUGUCAAAAAAGGUAAUAUGAGACUGGACAAGGUAUUCUUGAGCUCCACGUCCGCCGGCUGUUUACUUGCUUUUGCCUGUGGAACUUCUUUGAGCACCGAUGCAUCCCCUUGGUAUCAAGAUAAUGCGCCGGGUUUGAUUCGGACUAUUAGUGCUUUGGUAUUCCCCUAUGGGUUGUGCAUGAUUAUUUUGACGGGUGCAGACCUUUGCACCGGCACUUUCAUGUACACCACAGUAGCAGCUCUCCAGAGACAACUUCCCUGGUGGAAGAUGUUGAUCCACUGGGCAGUGACAUUUUGGGGUAACUUGGCCGGGUCGCUUUUUGUGGCGAUUCUUAUCUUUGGAUAUGGUGAUGUUUUUGGUGCAGACCCAUAUAAAUCAGCAGUCAUUACGUUUGCCACAAAAAAGCAGGUCACUCCAGACUUCCACAUGAUUCUGCUGCGUGGAAUCGGAUGCAAUUGGCUAGUGUGCCUCGCCUGUUUUUUUGGUGCACAGGGGCGUAGUCUUGCGUCCAAGAUCAUGGGUAUCUGGCUUCCAAUUUUUGCUUUCGUAUCUGUUGGAUUUGAUCACGUUGUUGCCAACAUGACGUUCAUUCCAUUGGGUAUCUGGGUCGGAGCACCGGAUAUAACUGUUGGUCUUUACAUCUGGAAGGGCAUUAUCCCGACGUUGAUUGGAAACAUUCUUGGCGGGGCUAUUUUCUGCGGGACAUACUAUUGGUACAUGUACCUUCUCAAUUUUGAUGACCUAGCAAUUGCAGGCAACAAAAAGACCGACGAUCCAGUGGGGCAAACCAGAGUUUCCAAAGAGAAGAAUGACAUCGAGGCUUCUGCGGAAAGCUCUCACCAAGUAACAGCUGUUGGCCCAAGCCAUUAA